GCGGCGGCGCGCGAAGGUCACACGGCCGGCGCAGACGAUGGCGGCGGCGGGGGCCGGGGGCUGCCGGAAAUGUCUCAUCAGUGGCAUGUGGCUCAUAUCCAGAAGAUCCCCAGUUCCUGCAGUCCACAGGGGCACAGGCUAUAGGAUGAGUGGGCCUGUUUCAGAGAUCUAUCAGUCUAGAUGCUACUCCUCUGGAGGAAGAAAGGGUUUUAUAUCAGGGUUUGUGGAGAACAUCAAGCAGGAAUUAGCAAAAAACAAGGAGAUGAAAGAAAGUAUUAAAAAGUUCAGAGAUGAAGCCAGGAAGCUGGAAGAGUCUGAUGCCCUUCGAGAAGCAAGGAGGAAAUAUAAAACCAUUGAAUCUGAAACAGUGAAGACCUCAGAAGUGAUUAAAAAGAAACUGGAAGAAAUAACUGGUACAGUGAAAGAGAGUCUGGAUGAAGUAAGUAAGAGUGAUAUUGGCAGAAAGAUAAAGGAAGGUGUGGAAGAAGCAGCAAAAACAGCAAAGCAGUCUGCAGAGUCAGUGACAAAAGGAGGAGAGAAACUAGGCAAGACAGCAGCCUUCAAAGCCAUUUCUCAGGGAGUAGAAACUGUGAAGAAGGAACUAGAUGAAAGUGUUUUAGGGCAGACUGGUCCCUACAAACGCCCCGAGCGGCUACGGAAGAGAACAGAGUUCUCAGGGGAGAGGAUUAAAGAGGAGAGAAUAUUUGAAGCUAAUGAGGAGGCCAUGGGUGUGGUGCUGCAUAAGGACUCAAAAUGGUAUCAGCAGUGGAAAGAUUUCAAGGACAACAACGUGGUCUUCAACAGGUUCUUUGAGAUGAAAAUGAAGUAUGAUGAGAGUGACAAUGCCUUCAUCCGAGCCUCCAGAGCUGUCACAGACAAAGUCACCGACUUAAUAGGUGGAUUGUUCUCCAAGACAGAAAUGUCAGAGGUUUUGACAGAGAUACUCAAAGUGGAUCCAUCCUUUGACAAAGACCGGUUUUUAAAGCAAUGUGAGCGUGACAUAAUCCCCAAUGUCUUGGAGGCUAUGAUAUCUGGAGAGCUUGACAUCCUCAAAGAUUGGUGCUAUGAAGCGACUUACAGGCAGCUUGCUCAUCCAAUCCAGCAAGCCAAAGCCAUGGGUCUCCAGUUCCACUCCAGGAUUCUGGACGUUGACAACAUUGAUCUGGCUAUGGGGAAGAUGAUGGAGCAGGGACCAGUGUUAAUCAUCACUUUCCAGGCUCAGGUGGUGAUGGUGAUUAAGAACCAGAAAGGAGAAGUGGUGGAGGGGGAUCCGGACAAGGUCCUGCGGAUGCUGUACGUGUGGGCCCUCUGCAGAGACCAGGAUGAGCUCAACCCCUACGCUGCCUGGAGGCUGUUGGACAUUUCCUCAUCGAGCACUGAGCAGGUUCUCUGAGAAGAAUUCCAUCCAAGGGCUUCCCAUACCCCUCCUGAAGCAACACCAGCUCUGAACUGGCCCUGAUGCACUGUGGGACAGGCUGGGGGUGGGGGGGAGGAUGAGAUGAGGCUGGUUCCUUUCCAGAAGAAGAGGCUCUGUGAUGUGCCCUCGUUAGACCAGUCCCUCUGAUGAACUGGCCCAGUCUGACCUCUCUGCCUGAUGCUUUGCUGUGUGCACUUGCACUGUAAGGGGUGUGGUAGAUGGCAACCUGAGUGGUCCCAAGACACUAGCAGCUGCUGUUGGCUCCUUUUUUAAUCAUGGCUUAAAGAGGCUGGUUUGGGUCCUCUUUAUCUUUCCCAGCACUUCCAGUGAUGGACAGAGGUUGGUAUUGGAGAGUGAGAUGGGACAGGUCCAGUUCCCAUCUGCUGUCAUCCUCCAGUGGCCUCAGAGCACCCCUGGAAAGAUCUCAGAGGUGCUUUUAGGGCACGUUGGUCUUUGCUAACAUACAUCUCUUGUACAAAGUUGCACCAACAAGCCUUCUGUUGCUGCAGUGUCUUGCACUUUACCAAACCAAAUACAACCAGGACUUUGCACAUGACUCAUCCUUGCUGUGGUGUGGAGUCAGGGGUGGAGGUGUUGGCACUGUCAGGCUCUUGAGGCUGGUGGGAGGGGUGGAGUUUGCUGCUGGUGAUGAUGUUUCUACAGCCACAGCUUUGCAGGGGGAAUGUUGUUGUUUCUGGUGUUGUUACUAAAAAGCACAUCACUGCCUUUCUCUGUUGGGUUCAUCUGACAGGGUGGAGGAGAUGGAUUGUGUCUGGCUAUGAGGGAGCAGGCAGGGUGCUGCAGGAGUAGGGAUGGACAGAUGAGGACACAAAAUGCAGUAACAGGUAGAGCAUCACUUCUUGUAGCUCAGGUAUGGAACAAGAUGAGAAGAGAGGAUGCAGUUCACACACCUACUGCUGGACUUGUGCAGGCCUGGCCUGGGGGGCCCCAGGUGGCAACUGGAAGAUGUCACACUGACCCAGCCUCUGCAUUCUGGGCUUCUGCUGGAGGCUCAGUGUGGGAGCUGUCAGGUGGGUCUGUCUGUCAGCUGCCUCCUCUUCA